AUGGUGAAAGCGGUUGAGAGAGAAGACAAAGAAAGCUACAAAUUCGGAUUGUACGAUUUCGAGAACAUGAAGGAGAAAAACGUAUCUUCUCGGAACGUCAAGAGAUGGAACUCUAGUUCUGCCUUGAGAACUGAAGAUCCAGACAUUGAUGAUGACACUGUUUUCAAAAGAACUGCUGUCUCUAGCGUCCUACCAAUGUUACCGUUUCGACCGCCUCAGACAUGUGAAGCAACCGGUGAAGAAUUACAGGAAGAGGCAGAAAGGGAACAGAUGAAAGAAAGGUUUGCGAAGCUGCUUCUAGGAGAAGACAUGUCAGGAGGAGGCAAAGGUGUUUCAUCAGCACUAGCAUUAUCAAACGCAGUCACAAAUCUUUCAGCAUCAGCGUUUGGAGAGCAACGGCGUUUAGAGCCAAUGUCAGAGGAUAGAAAAGAACGGUGGAGAAGAGAAAUGGGAUGGCUUCUCUCUGUUACUGAUCAUAUAGUUGAGUUCUCUCCAACACAACAAACAAACAAGGAUGGUUCUUCCAUUGAGGUAAUGACUACUAGACAGAGAACAGAUCUUGUCUCCAACAUCCCUGCUCUUAAGAACCUCGAUGUGAUGCUCACAGAUUGUCUUGAUAAAUUCAAGGAUCAGGAUGAGUUCUAUUACGUCACAACCGAUUCUCCUGAACAUUUAAACAGUAACUCGACCAGGAACAAUGAUAAAUGGUGGCUACCAACAGUGAAAGUUCCACCUAAUGGCUUAUCCGAAACGUCGAAAAGGUUUCUACUGAGUCAGAAAGAAUGUGUGAGCCAAGUGCUUAAAUCAGCAUUGGCCAUAAACGCCGAAGUUUUGUCUCAAAUGGAGACCCCUGAGAGCUACAUUGACUCACUUCCUAAGAAUGGGAAAGCUAGUCUUGGAGACAUGAUCUACAGAAUGAUAACGUUAGACAUGUUUGAUGUAGAGAAGUUCCUUCUUGAAAUGGACUUAUCAUCUGAGCACAAGAUUCUUGAUCUUCAGGACAAAAUUGAAGCUUCGGUUGUGAUAUGGAAGAGAAAGAUAGUGCAGAAAGACAACAACAAGUCUUCAUCUCCAUUUAGUACUAAUCUGAGUAUGGAGAAGAGACAACUGCUAGAAGAAAGAGCAGAAACCAUCUUGCUUCUUAUCAAACUAAGAUUCCCAGGAAUCUCUCAAUCCACACUUGACAUCAGCAAGAUACAAUUCAACAAAGAUAUAGGAUUAGCUAUAAUGGAGAGUUAUUCAAGAGUUCUUGAAAGCUUGGCGCACACGGUACUGUCAAGAAUAGAAGAUGUCCUUGUGGCUGAUCAGCUAACUCAGGACCCUGAAAGCUUACUUUGUAAGAGAUAUAUAGUGAAGGAGACAGAGAGUCCUAAGAAGGAGGAAGAAAGAAACUUUUGUCUUUUAGAGGAGCGACCGAUAAAACAGAAGGCUCCCAUCUCACUGUCAGAGGUAAUGCAAUGGAAUAUGGAUGACAAGAACGAUGCACCACUCAAAGAUUCAGGCAAGAAGCUGUUGACCAGAGUGUCAACCAUGAUCAUGGCUAACAACAAGAAGAGUACCUCAUAUCUUGAAUCUCUAGGAACCACAAGGAGUCCAAGAGCAGGUCAAUACUCUUAA